CUAUACUGUACGUUGCAUAUCUCAAGAGAUGGUCUUUCAGUUGAAUCAAAGAUUGUUUAAAUUGUUUGAAGUGCUUCUUCAUGAAUGUGACGCUUCCGGUCUGGCCGUCACCCGUAUUAUAGUCGGAGCUUUAUUACUAAUCGAUAUCGUGUUUGAAAGGGGGCUUUCAAGGGCUGAUACAAUAUGGAGUGAUCCCAAUGAAUGCCGAUUCCCUCUAUUCGAUGUCCUCCAAGUGCUUCCCUUGCGAUACAUGUAUACUAUUUAUGCCAUUAUGUUCAUCGGAAACGUGGGCAUAAUAUUAGGCUUUAAGUACAAAAUUAGUUGCAUUUUAUACCUCACGAGUUAUUGGUAUUUGUUUUUGUUGGACAAAAGUCGAUGGAAUAAUCACUCGUAUCUGUUCGGCCUUUUGGUUACAUUGCUUUCCAUCACUGAUGCCAACUAUGAAUGGUUUUACUCUUUUAUGACACGAAUUGCAAUAUAAGAUAUAUAAAUAUAUAAAUAAUUGCUUUAUUCAUAAAUGAAGGUCUAUUGACAACUGUCGGGGGAUUCAGAGUUUACGCCAUAGAAGAGUCCCUUUUUGGCAAUACUUUCUUAUAAGAAGUCAAGUAUUUUUAGUUUACUUCAUCGCAGGUCUUAAAAAGUUUGAUACCGAUUGGCUCAAUGGCUACUCAAUGAACAAUCUGUCCGAACAUUGGGUUUUCAGUCCUUUCAAACUCUUAUUGUCCAACGAAUCCAUAGACUUCUAUGUCGUCCAUUUGGGAGGUUUUAUGUUUGACUUAACCAUUGGAUUCUUUCUGGUGUGGAAUAAGAGCCGAUUCUUUGCCUACUUUUUCUGUCUUCUAUUCAAUUCAAUGAAUUCGAGGAUCUUUUCAAUAGGCAUGUUCCCAUAUAUGAUGAUCUCAGUAAUGCCGGUGUUUAGCGCAUACGACUGGCCCAAACAAGUCAUUAAUUUAUUGAAAUCCAAAUGUUUGCCAUCUAUUCAAACGGUUCCUAAGAAAAGGCAAAAUAAGCUGAAAAAUGAUAAAACGAAGAAAGACAACGAGAAAAGAAAAAAGUUAUCAACAAAAGAGAAAAUAACUUUGACAUCAAUUUUUAUAUAUCUAUUGACACAACUAUUUCUACCACAUUCUCAUUGGAUAACCAAAGGAUAUAAUACAUGGACUAACGGAUUAUAUGGAUAUUCAUGGGAUAUGAUGGUUCAUAAUUGGAAACACAUUCACACCAGAGUUACUGUUGUUGACAAAUCGAUGCGGAAGUUUUAUCUCAAUCCUCAGACAUGGACUAAGAGUAUGCGAUGGAGUCAUCACUCAGAUAUGGUUAAACAGUACGCAAUGUGCGCUCAAAAGCGUUUGAUCCGUGACUUCAACAUAACUGAGCCCUCAAUUUAUAUCGACUCCUGGAUAUCACUAAACGGACGGUUCGCUCAACGGGUAUAUGACCCGCGCGUAAACUUAGUGACAGCCGAGUGGUCAGCAUUCAAACGGCCCGAUUGGGUGCUCCCCAUACUCUCGGAUCUGACUGAUUGGCGCCAAACACUUAAACAAUAUGAGGACAAUAUAUACCAACAAAAUGAUUACAAUUCAGUCAUAUUUAUUGCAGACUUUCCAGGCUUAACUCUAAGUAAUUAUAUCGACUCUCACUUCCCAAACACAUCACUCACUGUACUUAAGGGAUGGCUUAAGAUUGAAAUGGUGGGCACCGGCCAUAUGAUGUACACUCGCUUUAUGAGUGCCGGCGACCACCUGACACUUCCGGUCAACACAUUCCACAGACUCACACCAAUCAGGGCGGAAGCGGCCGCUUAUAUGUAUGUUUACGCCAACACUAGCCAUCAGAUGCUAAAUGAUGUCAAAACCAGUGCUCAUGACAUACAAGACUUUGCAGUGAUCACAGACGCUGAUAGAAGUCCAUGGAUUAGAAGGUAUUUAUGA